CUUAGUUCUUUUUAUUUCGAAUGUCAUCGAGAGAAGAAGAGAUCCUCAAGCUCAACCUCUGAAUUGACAAGCUUAAAGACAGGGAAGCAAAUGGCUGGUCCUAGGAUUGCUCAUGCUACUUUGAAAGGACCAAGUGUUGUGAAGGAGAUAUGUGUUGGAAUAAUACUUGGUUUAGCUGCAGGCAGUGUCUGGAAGAUGCAUCACUGGAAUGAACAGAGAAAGGCCAGGACAUUUUAUGAUUUGCUGGAAAAGGGUGAGAUUAGUGUUAUUGCGGAGGAAGAAUAAAAAUGGCCAUGUUUUGUGCCGAACUAAGCUCCCCGAUUUUUAUACAUUUUUUCUCUCUAAAUUCAAUUGGCUCUUAAUAUGUAGUUGAGCUGACUUACUCUAUAAGAUUCUAGGCAAUAAAGAUUUUGCUCCGAGUCAUGGACUAUAUUAUUGUUGGCUGCUAGAAAUUUUAUAAAGCUUGUUUUGUUGCUUUUUUUAUGGCA